AUGAAGCAGUUUGUCGACGAUCGAGACGACGGUCCUCUGAUUCUCUCUCACUUUUCUCUGUUGCUUGCGUGCGCCAUGCCUGUUUGGACCUGUGAAUUCUCCAAUCCGAUUCAAAUGCUCUCUGGAGUGUUCGUCAUCGGGAUUGGCGAUGCAUUCGCAGCGAUUGUGGGAACGAUUUGGGGAAGAAGGAAGCUGUGGCGAUCGAAAACAGUCGAAGGAUUCGCAGCCUGCGGCAUUGGAAUCUUUCUCGGGGUUUUUAUUGUUUCGGCUGUUAUGCGGGAGAAGAUGAGCAAAGGAGUUAUUUUGGCGAUCGUUCUGACAGCGAUGGAGGAAGUUGUUUGUGAGGAAGUGGACAAUUACGGUUAUUAUGCUGUGUUCAAAAGUGAAAUACUAUGGUACUGUGAUGAGAGUUUUUUCUUUCACUAA